CGGGGACUCAACGGGACUCUAGCUGUGGAGUCUGGCCUAGCACAGCUCCCACCCAGCUUUCUAGGGACAUUAGGGACAGUUCAAAACACGGGUGGUCGGUGCACACAGCAGGGGCAGUUCAGAACACGGGUGGUCGGUGCACACAGCAGGGACAGUUCAAAACACGGUUGGUCGGUGCACACAGCAGGGACGGUUCAAAACACAGGUGGUCUGUGCGCACAGCAGGGACAGUUCAGGACACGGGUAGUCUGUGCGCACAACAGGGACAGUUCAGGACACGGGGGAGUUCAGUGCACACAACAGGGACAGUUUAGGACACGGGUAGUCUGUGCGCACACCACGGGCAGUUCAUGGCUUCUAGGGACACUCACGGUAGGCGACUUGCAGACGCUCAGCAGCAGGCGGCUUCCAGGG